UCAAGUUAACUGUUAAAUGACAGCCCCCAUAAAAUAGUCCCUUUGUGUAUGAAGGAAGAGCCUCUGCAAAAGAAUUUAUGCGUUCUCAUCCAAAAUUCUCUCUCUCUCUCUCUCUCUCUCUCUCUCUCUCUCUCUCUCUCUCUCUCUCUCUCUCUCCAAGGAAAAGCAAACAAAUGAAUGCAGAUAUAUAAGCACCAAGUUUGAGUGAGCCAAGGGAUAACAUAAGCCAAGAUUGAAGGAUGGGGAUCUUCCAAAGCAAAAAUAAGAAAAACCCAAGUGGGAAAAACAUGAUCAAAGCCAUGAGAGAGAAGCUGAGGCAUUUGGAAAAGGAGGUGAGUGAGAUAAUGUGGAUGAGAGAGAACGAGAGCGGAGCUCAUGAGAGGGAGAGGGUGGUGCACGCAUUGAAGGAGGGAGAGUGGAGGAGGGAGAGGAAGAGGUUGAAGGAGGAGGUGAGGAAGUUGAGGAAGAGGUUGGAGGAGAGAGAGGAUGAGAUGGUGAUGAGAGAGAAGAAAGGGUGUCUGGUGUUGGAGGAGCAAAUGAGGGAGGAGAGAGAGAGGAGGGAUGAGGCUGUGGAGAAGUGGAAGAGGUUGUACCUUGCCAUCAAGUUUGAGCUUGAUGAUCUCAUUCAGAGGACACACCAAGGAGAAGGAUUGUAUUGGAGGGCAGAGGAAGAAGAUAUAGUAUUGGAGGAAUUACAGCAAGAGCUGAGGGCAAAGGAAGAAACCAUUGAAAAUCUGCACACAAAAUUAGCUUCAAUGGAGCAAGAAAAAUCCAAGAGCGAGAGAGAGAUUGAUAUACUGAGGCAGAGUUUGAAAAUCAUGAGCCACAAGAAGAAGCCCAGCACCUCUCCCCAAGAGCCUCUCAAGAAGCUUGCAUAUGUAAAACAGACAUGAGGAAAAUUAGUCACUAUAUGACUUCUCUGUACUUUUUGGAUCACAUAAUUUAAUCUUGUGUUCUGUUUU